CACAUGCGCUACAGACACGGUGACUGCUGCACAUCGAGAUCCUGUCCUUCCUGUCUGCUUGUUUGUUUGGCCGUCUGUUGGAGAUGGAAACGAGUCGGGACAAAGUGCAGGAGAAACCUAUUCGCCUCAUUGCAGCAGUUUGCAAUAACAUGGGGAUCGGGAAAGAUGGGAAACUGCCCUGGCAUUUACCAUCUGAAUUCCAGUACUUUCUGAACACUGUCACGAAGGUGUCGAGACCAGGAAAGAUGAACAUGAUGGUCUGGGGAAAACUGUGCUGGUACUCCCACCCAGAAAAUAUGUUCCCACUGGCCAAUAUUCUGCAUGUGGUGCUGAGUACGACACUGAAAACUGUUCCAGAUCACGCCCACUUCCUGUGUCAAGACUUUGAGAGUGCCAUCCGGCUGGCUGCCCAGCCACCCCUUUCUGACCUGAUUGAGACCAUCUGGAUUGUUGGGGGGACGCAGGUCUACAAGGAUGCAUUGAAGCACCUGUGGUGUGACCUGGUUUAUCUGACAGACAUCAUGGCAGACUUUGACUGCGACGUUUUCUUCCCUGAGUUUGACAGAGGAAUAUUUAAAGUACAAGAAAGAUUUCCUGGUGUGCCGAGCGGAAUUCAGGAGGAGAACGGCAUCAAGUACAAAUUCCAAGUAUUCAAAAGAGAGACUGGCGAUGUGGUGUAGACCGCCAGAGGAUGGUGGUGUGUUUUUCUGUCCUCCUUUGAAAACUUCCUUGUCAGCUUUCAACAUUUAGACUGUAACUGUAGAGUUACGCCCCUAAGGCCAUAGGCGUAUCUUUAGAAACUCAAGGAAAGCCAAAGUCUUGCUAACACUGUUAUUGAGCAUUCCAGCUAAUGUAAAUAGGAUUUGAACUUGAAACACUGAGCACUUUAUCAGCGGUCCAGUUUGUCUACACGUGUUUUUAUGUGCAAUUUACUCUUAGAAUUAUUACCCAUUACCCACCACUACUGUUUGGUAAGAUAUUUUUUUGGCAUAAAAGAAAUCCUCCCAGCCAACCCUACCUACUUGUUAGCGUUCCCAUCUCGUCCUCAUCCUCAGUAAUAUCGCAGCUGCUCAGAAAAUAUGCUUGUCAGUGAGUGAGUCAGCGGACUGCGUCACUGACUGCCUGUGUUCCAGGUAACACAGCAGAUCCAGUCUUUUCUAAGCAAUCAUGACAGAUGUCAAUUUAUACAGUGACGGGUGAAUUAUCCUACUGGUUUGUUUUAAUGACGUCUUAUUUACAUAUGGUGAAAUUUUACAUCUGUAAAAAGUUAGAAAUGGAAAGCCACCUAUUUAUUGAGCCUGUGUUGUGUUUUUUUGUUGUGAAUAUAGUUUUUUUUUUUCCGAAAAUAGAUAAACAAUAGACAUUUUGUGACUUGAUUUUUCACUUUGAACAAAAUGAUCCUUAUUCAUCUGGUUGUACCAUUUUUGCCACUAGAUGGAGGCAUAUCAACGAGAAAAGGGACAGAAAGCUAACCUUUAUGCUGCUGAUUAUCAACCUAUCCCAGAUUUCACCACCGGCUUCUAUCAAAGGCAUUUUAAUAUACUUCAUUUAGUUUAGUUUCAUAGUUUAAUUUGGAUCACACACACACAGGGAGUUAACAGUCUCACAUAUAUGGAGGCUUAUGAUGGUUUCAUCUGCAAUGGGCUGGCAACCUGUCCAGGGUGUACCACGCUUUUCGCCCAGUGUCAGCUGGGAUUGGCUCCAGCCCCCCACGACCCUGUACGCAGAAUAAGCGGUUGACGAUGGAUGGAUGAUGGUUUCAUGGUCUUGUAAUAGUAAUGUAAUAAUAAUGUUCAAAGUGCCUUUACUACAGAAUAAAUCAAAAUGAUGUAAAACAGUGACAGUAAACAGCAAAAGUGAAACAAGGGGGAAAAAACCAGA